UGGUGUUCGAAGCAAAAGCUUGCAUUCCGUUUUUCGGUUUGUCGUCAACUACUAUGAACAGAUUAUCGGUUAUAUUUUUUUUGUCGCCAUGUGGACUGGAGGCGAGGUUUUCGGUUGGCUUUUUCGUCAAGAAUUUGGUCGGUCUUCGUCAUGAGUUUUUUCGACCUUUGCUAAGAAUUUCAAUUGGUCCUCUGUCAAGAAUUUCGGUCCUCUGUCAAGAAUUUCAUUUUUUCGUGAAUCAUGAUUCGUCACAAAUUUCGGUUUUUCGUCAAUUGUCUCGGCCGCCACCCCAAAUCUCCUGACGUCGUCCUCAAUUUCAAAGUUGCAGUCGCAAAACGGAGUGUUUCCCGGUGUUCAUUCAAACGUCAUUUAGCUCUCUUCAGUAAAGCAUAAGCAUUUUUUUUUUCAUUUUUAACGGUAUCGUCUUUUGUAACUUCAUUGUUGCUCUUGGCUUGGUAGUCCCCCUGUGGCUGCACACAUUCGCCCGAGGAUACAGGUCAAACUGUGGACGGUGAGCCAAGUCCUAUCCUAUCCUUUUCAAGAUGUCCAUCUCCACGUCGUCGGGACCUGCGAUAGCAGGACUUGUGGGAGACUGGGUCGGGUCUAAGCUAAGGGGCAUUAACCUUUCGGAGUGGACAAACUUUGGGCCGAUUGCUGAAAGCUUUCGGCAGCACAUGGAAGAACGCAGGAAACAGGAGUUGAUACUUCGAGAUAAGUUAUGACCUCUAAAUCGAUUUGUUUGCACUAUGUACAUGAACCACAACCACAUUUAAUUCAAAAAAUUAGUAGGGAUUAGUUUUCCAGUGGACUCACACACUUGUCUAGGUGGCUGUUCCAAUACUUGUUUGAUAAAAGUCAGUCAUCAAUAACUCUCUCUAAAAACUCCCGAACAAGAGCCACAGCAGAACGAUUCGAACCCUUGCUCUGCUCCGCAAAGAUCAUUCGAGCAAAAAUUCUCAGACCCUGUUCCGGCAGAUAUGUUAUGGCUUCUAAAUUGUUAUAAUAGUACGCUUGAUUGCACGAAGAACUUAUUACUUCGAAAAUGAGGAUUUCAGAACGAAAGCUUGUACUUGUUCCUGUUUGAACCAUAAGCACACAACUUAGAAUCCUCGUCCUCUGUAUCGUCCUUUACAAAAACACCCUUCUAAUCAUGCAAUUUUUUCAGUUUCCACGUGGGCGAGUGAACCUUUUGAGGAGUCAAUUGGGAAGUUCUUUUUCGUCGCCGCCUCACGAAUCAGCGGAUCCCGGCGUGAGGGUCGCACUAGCAAGACGGUACGGAGAAACGCUUUCAGGGAAAGAUGAGAAGUUAUGGAAGGGGCUGAAUGAGUAGUCGUGUAAGUGAGGGAGCAGAGUCUAUUAGGUCAUUCAGGUACUAUCAAUAGGGUUUUUAGCAGUUUGUGAUCGAAGAUAGAUUUGAAUUCAUCCCCACAUAGUUGGUGAUCGAAGAUAGAUUUGAUGAAUUCAUCUCAUCUAUCAUCAUCAUCGUCUGCACAUGUAAAAAUGUUUGUUAGGGAUCUUCAGAUGAAAUCCUUGCGCUAAAACUCAAUCCAGACUUGGCUUUUUACACUGCCGCAGAAAGAGCUGGGAUGCGAACGCCGGUUUUAGGUCGCUCUGAGAAACCUCAAGACUACUGGAGGAAGUUCCCCAAAGUGAAGCACAACCCACACAGAAUGGGACUGAUGUACUAUAAUUGAAUUUGAUUUCUUAGUCUUAGUUUUUUAUAGUAGGGUCGAUCAUGGUCAUGAUGACGUAAGUACAUGAUAUAGGAAGAUCGAUCAUGAACAUGAUUGAUGUUCAUGAAGUACUUGGGAAUGAUCUUAAUCUGUUUGUCAUCAUGUUGGCUCUGUGAUAUUGUCAUCCGUAGAGAAGAAUCGUCUUGUUUUGUUCUACUACAGCGUGGUCAUGACUUACAAAUUCUUAUGAUUGACAAUCAGAGGGAGAGACUCUCUCGAACAAGCUUCGUGUUGAAAUACUAUCAAUGAAUUCUCAACUACGACCUAAUAUUUUUUCCCCCACCAGGACUGGCGACGUCAGCGAGGACAGCGAAGACAUGGAGGACCCAAGUUGUGCAUCAGAAUCAUCGAACUAUUUGACAGCCUGUAGUGCUACACCUGCAGAGAACUCGCAAGACUUUUAUGAAGAUUAAAAGAAUAGGUAAAUUUAUUUGAAGUUUGUUCUAGAAGUUCUAGUGGAGGAUGACUAGAAAUAGAUGGAAUCGCUCACCGAGCUCGCAUGUGGUAGAAGAAGGUGUCAUGACUAGUACUAGUAGGAUUCUGAAGAUCCUCAAGAUUGUCAUCAUCUCUGGGUAAGUACCAAAACUAUGAUUGAAUACGAAUAGUAGAACUUAUUCUACCACCCAGCACGCGCUCCGUCCUGUCCCCACGUCUAAAUCAAGGGAUCCUACGAAGCUUCUUCCGAUGGGAGCCCACUUCCUGGUAGUUCGCAGACUUCGGGGAGCAUGCAUAUGCUGCAGACCUCAAGUGUGAAGGAGGCUGAGGACACCACUUCUACGCGGCUUUUCCUCACCACGACACCUGGGGAGUCAUCUUCUUGCAAAGAGUCAAAGCAUCCCUUGCUGGGUUCUCUAGAAGAAAAAAGGCUUGAUUUCGAUGAGGUUGAAGAUCUACUCGCGAAGCACUCGUCGGCUUCGAUAAAAACCAAGUCUGCCUCUGCGGUUGAAGACGAGCUUAAUAGCUACGUUCAGAAAACGACGAAUGCCAAGUCUUCGUCGGUGUUUUUAUGGAUGGGACUCAUUACUUUUUGAUAUAAUGGAGUUUUUGCUUGGUUCUUUCUGGCUCUACGAGUAGUUGAGAAUAUAGAAUCUCAGUGAAAUGGACCACUUACUUACCCCCGUCAACAUUGUGUGGCCGUGAGCGUGACGAGGCAUCCUAGGUAUCCUAUUCUAUCCUAUUCUAUCCUAUUCUAUCCUAUUCUAUCCUAUCCUAUUCUAUCCUAUCCUAUUCUAUCCUGUCCUAUCCUAUCCUAUUCUAUCCUAUUCUAUUCUAUUCUAUCCUAUCCUAUUCUAUCCUAUCCUGUCCUCUCCUGUCCUGUCCUAUCCUGUCCUAUCCUGUCCUAUCCUGUCCUAUCCUGUCCUAUCCUAUCCUAUCCUAUUCUAUCCUAUCCUAUCCUAUCCUAUCCUAUCCUAUUCUAUUCUAUCCUAUCCUAUCCUAUCCUAUCCUAUCCUAUUCUAUCCUAUCCUAUUCUAUCCUGUCCUCGCAGAUACUGAAUUCAAAUUUCAAAUUUCGUCUUGAAGACCAUCUAACAUCUCCAGAAGUAAAGAAAUCCCUAUCUCUUGGGUCUACGAGAGCUUCGACGACCUCCGGUGCCUUCCAACGCUAUGCUAAGCCCUGGACGGUCGGGGCUAGUGUCAACGACUUGAGUCCGAUUCUCGUCAAAAGGACUCAGUCGUUGGCUGUACUAGGUGGAGGCUGUUGUACCAGUAAGGGGAAGAAGGUGGAACUAGAAGAAGCGAAUCUUCACUGUCACAAGAUGGAGGAGGAGGAGGACGUCAAUGCAAAAGUUGGAGAUGAACCGCGACUUGUUGCAGAUGAAGAGGACAAGAAGAUGGACACCAGCGUCAGGGAAGUAAGGGAAGGGCAGGAGAGCAACGGUGAGGACCAUGGUAACAUCAACAACAGGUUCGAGAACGCAGGGGUAGGAAAACGACAGCAGCAUAAUGCCACAUCGCCAGACAGAUCUCUCCGCGCCGUGAAAAGAUCGAGACGCUAAGAUAAGUGGUACCAUAGGUUUUAAGCAUGUGAUAGUGGUUGUACGAAAAUGAAUUGAUGAGAACUUUUUUUGAUUAGUUCCAUCCCUUGCUGAACUAUUAUUUUUGACAGUAAAUACAAGGUUUUGAGCGAUGAAGGGAGAAGUUUCCGUACAGUAUACUGAAUUCUCAGUUGGUACAGUAUACUGAUUUCGAAGUUCCUCAACAAGUACCGCCUAGUGUUGGUCACCUUCGUACUUAGUCAUUUUACGUUAAUAAUAAGAAAUACUACCGCCCGGUGAUAGUGUGAUGAAUUUCGAGUAGACGAGUAUGCUGAAGUAACUAAAAAGUAUGAGUAUCAGAAUCAGACCUUCUAUAGAUUCAAAGGUAUCUAAGGGUGCAAGCUUGGAUCGAUUCUAAGAAACGUGUGCACAAGUGGAGCGACUCAGUGAACUUAAUUUUUAGAACUACUUUUGAUUUAUGUCCAGAUUGUGCUUGAUGUAUCUUUUCUCUGUGGGUCUUUUAGAGCCAAUCAUUCUUAUAACCUAAUUCUUUACCAAGUAGUACUAGAUCACAUAGGUUAACGUUAAAAAGUAUAGUAGAAUGCAAGAAGAGUAAUAGAGUUUAUCAUGAGUUGUAACGGGUCUUCGAAUCCUUUGUUGAAUUUUGCAGAACUUUGAAAAUUGAUAUGAGUGCACAUGCACGCGGUACAAUCUAUCCGAUCCAGGCAUUAGCCGGUACCCACCGAGGAGCCUUCCACGCUGCCUUCCAAGAUGAAGCGAAUCGUGGAGUCUGAAGAUUUUCAGAGUUGAUAAGUAGGAAAGUGCACUUGAAUGGAGCGGAUGAAAGGGUUUGCUGGCAGAAAAUCUAGGACAAAAAAAACGAGUUUUUUGUGAGGACUCUCAUGGUGUGAGCGAGUGUUGAGAUGAAAUUUCUCUUACAAAGUCCUGUGAAGCUUUAGUUCUGGCCCCCGAAUUCUCUGCCCUGCUACAGUAUGGUCCGAUUCAUUCACGAGUAAUUUGAAUCAAUCGGUUACGAUUAUCAGGUUCCUACUUAGAGAAAACUACAACAUUAGUCGAUGCCAUUUAGCACACUAAGAUGGCCCUCCUCGGAAGCAUUCCACCGAGACCUAGCCCGAAUGAUGUCUUGCUA